GUGUAAACUGGUAAACCACAUCUGUUUAGCCAUAUAAUUAAAUUUUUUUUUUAAUAAUACAAGUUUUAACAAAUUUUUAAUCUCUCUCCCUUUAUUUUACAACAAGAGCUGCUGCUAUUGAAUAACAAUGCUUAAAUUAAUGAGAAAAUUAAACAGAAACACAAUUACAUAUUUGAAGGAAAAGAAAAAGUCUUGCAUUAGGCCUAUAUUUAUAACUGUGAAGGUUUAUGUCUUUUGUGAAUCUGCGGUUGUAAAAGAGAAAUAUUGUCAGGUUUCAGUUCACAGAAAGAACUCGCCUGUCAACUUCUAAAGAAAAUUUUAUUAGAUAAAACAAAAACAAACAAAAAAAAAUCACCUUAAGGCUUAUUUUUAGGUCACAAAAAGGCAUCUGCCAAGACAUGACUCAAACAUGUAACAGUCCCUGUACUGUCGCUUUAAGCGCGAGCACGUGGUACCUGCAAACAUCCGGUUUACAGAAAAUGGAAAUAAAAUUGCAACAAUGGUGUUGACACAGUUUUUGAUGCACGGAAUCUUGCCACACUAAUUACGUUUUCUUACACUGUUUCCAUGCUGUCGACCUUUUAAACUGCUCUCCGGUCUCGCAGAUAGUGAAGCUGUUUGUUUUUCGACAGAUGGAGGCAGGCAGCCUUGUUUCACGCAGAGAGGACAUUUCUUCGCUGUUUCCUGAGCAAACGCCUGGUGCCAAGCAUAAAGAUCUAAGCAGCCAGUUUUCCUCCGUGAGAAAAGUGCGAGGGGAUGGCAACUGCUUCUACAGAGCCUUCUGCUUCGCACAUAUGGAGUCAGUCCUACAUAAUGCCAGGGCUCUGCAGAGAUUCAAGGACAAAAUAACUGAAAGCGGCAAAGUUUUGUCCUCUGCGGGAUUUGAUGAGAAUUCCUUCAAGCACCACCUGAUCACAGUUGUAAACGUGCUGGAGCAGUGCCAGGGUGAUGAGCAGGAAGACACGCUGCUAAGGCUCUUCAAUGAGCAGACCACCUCCGACAGUGUGGUGCAGUAUCUUAGGCUGCUUACUUCAGCACACUUACAAAACCAUGCUGACUUCUUCCGCAACUUUGUGGAGGCUCCCAAUCUACAGGCAUACUGUUGUCAGGAAGUGGAGACUAUGGCGAUGGAGUGUGAUCACGUGGACAUCCUGGCUCUGUCAGAGGCCCUGGACAUUUGCAUACAUGUGGUCUCUAUGGAGGGUAAUGAACAGGAGUUGGCUCACCACAUCAUUCCAGAGGGUGCUGAACCCUCCCUGCACCUCCUCUACCAAACGUCACAUUAUAACAUUCUCUACCCUCGACCAUAUCACUGA